UGGUGGUGGUGGUGGUGCUACUGCUGCUGUGACGAUGACACAGCGUCAUAACACGACGUACGUCCGUCCGUGCAAUUUAACGCGAAUUGUUACGGCAAUACAAAGUGUUUUUUGUAGCAAGAGUGCAUUCGCGGUAUUACCGAUCGAGCGAGUUGCGGUAGCUCGGUCAUGAUUAACCUUUAUAUAUUCAGUGUCCAAGAAAAUGGCUUUCUUCUGUGGUGCGUGAACGAAGAUUCGGCAAAGCGUGGUUCUUUUUUUCAGUGACAGUGGUUCGCGACAUGACAUAAUCGAGUGUGAUAUUCGUUAUUCUUUCAUUGAAAAGUGCGUACAUGUGAAACGGAAUAAUUGGAACUGCGACCGGGAAUAAUGCGACGGAACCGUGGCAAUGACAUAACGACCUUUACGACCUGACUUUCUUAGGAAGAUCAAUUUCUCUUAUUUUCAAGCAUCACGUAUGUUCUUUACCAAAGUUUUACUUAUAACGUCGACUUGCUCCUCGGUGUUUUCCAACGUUCGGAAGGAGUCUACGUCUAACACAGUUUAUUAUCAGCGGUAAUUUGCUACAUGUAUUAUGAAUAGCAGUGUGUUGAAGAGUCUAGGUUAGAUAAAUGCUUAGCCCGGUUGUGUGUGUUUAGUUUCGACGCGACUAAAUCGGUGAACGAGACAAAUGAAUGGGCUGCCGCUUUGCAAGUCGACCUUGUGAAUAAUACUGGAACCGUAAUUUUCUUCUACACAACAUCAUUUGCGUAAUUUAAUUUUGUACAACGAAUUAAUGUUUGGAGGGAAACGUUGUACGGUUCUUUAAGCAGUUGUCAUCAAAUUUAUUCCGGAAAAUAUGAUAUAUUUACAUUCUACAGUAGUGAUCGUGCAAUCUCAAGAUGUUUGAUUAUGGAAGAAACCCGUUGGCUCAUACAACAACUUUUAAAAAGAAGUAAAGUAAUGCUCUUGAUCACGUCGGAAAAGUUAGACGGCCAUUGACCGAUGAAUAGCUCAUCUUGUUUGACGGCUAGACUCCAAUUCCAAAAUCAUUGACACAGUUAUCGUAAGGCGCGAUCUGCGAUCAUUUACAUACCACCAGAGCGAUUCGUGACAGUGCGUCUGAUUGGAAAGUUUGGUGCAAGAAUACGAGAAAAGUUUGGGAAGGAAGAAUAAGUCAGUGGAAUCAUCAGUCUGGCUAUGCCGUGCGCGGUGAAGCCGAGAAUGUCGAGCGAUAGCUGCGGGAUUCCAAAGAUCGGUGAACGCGCGUGGUUAGAGGUAACGACUGAGAAAACGCGGCGGAUUUCGGGAAAUCCAGUAACGGGCGCGUGAUCAUAUCCGUGUACUGAGGAUGCAGCAGAACCUGGAGGUGUCUCCACGUAGGCGUGCUACCAGCGUUCCAGUGAUGUCGGUGUCGGGGUUAUUCGCAGCGCUGCUGGACCUGGACCAUGGCGGGCAAGCCUGAGCAGCCGUCCACGCACCCUGCUCUUCCGAACCACGGUCAUCGUCAUCAUCAUAGCCAACAACAACAGCAGCAACAUCCGCAGCAGCAUCCGCAGCACGCGCAAGGCAUUCAACAGAAUAGCGUUCUAGUCUACGUAUCAGGAGAAAAUUUUGCGUACGCCACGGCGGUUGGUCAGAAUGCCGCCGCCGCUGCCGCUGCUGCUACCGCAGUUGGGUAUCAAUCCCCGCAGCAGGCGACGUACGCCAGCAUUCUGCCGCCGCAGGUGGCGACGGCGGCGGCGACGUUUCCCGCCAAAACCGCCAUUUACUGUAACGAUAACAACAGUGCCGUCGGUGGCACGGUUAAUAACUGUUGCCGGUUAAAACCGCUGGAGUAUGUGUCCACCGACGGGGAAUCGAGCCGGUCAGCCCGGUCCCUCUCCACUGGCAACACAGAAGACGAAGACGAUUAUGGAACGAUCGUCUCGAACAACGGCGGCUUGCCCUACGGACAGACCACGAAUUUAGUUCAGGCGACCAACACGUCCGCGGCUACGACAAUGACCUGUGCUGUGACGGCGUGUGAUAGUAAGAAUCAAGUCAACCAUGGUCUGUUGGAGAACGAUUCGAGUAGCACGGAGAAUUUCGUGUCGAACAAUGUGGAAACGAUCGGAAGGCUAAACGCCGGUGGAAUGAUACCUAAUAAAUUAUUUCCAUCGAGGAUUCACGGCGAGAUUUACCCGGCUGGAGCAAGGUUGACGGACGGCUAUAAUAGCGGUAGUAGAAUCGCACAGGAGAAUCCAGGCGAGGGCUGUGUCGGUCUUUUAAACGACAGCGACUGCGUCGCUUAUGUGCAACAGGGAAACGAAUCGUCUCAGGCGUUCACGGGUGUUUUUCAAGGCGAGAAUGUCGAGCAGCGAGUCAUUAUGGACGAGAAAAGCCGGCAACAGGACGGUUUCGAUAAUCAAACCGGCUCGUCGCUAUCCUCGUCCAGUUCGAAUGUCGGUGUUGUCAGUGGUGGCGGCAGUAUGGUUGUCGGUAGUAGUGGUAGUGGUGCUGUUAGCUGUGACUCUGUCCGUUCUGAUACCGGUGAAUCGUCGACGUAUAGUAGCUUGAGCAGCCCUGAAGAUCAAAGUCAAUCGGCACACGAUGGUUUGUCCGUCGCGGCGACGGUUAACGGUGCUGGUUCGUGCGCGCAGCAGGCUGCGCGUCAGCCGUGUAUCAACAACGUGAACAAUAACAAUAAUGCUGUUCAACAAAGUGUGUUGACAAUGAACGGGAGUGCGGUGGAUACACAACAACAGCAACAACAGCAGCAACAAGCGAUUACGGUGCCACGUGGAUGGAAAAGGAUAUGCAGUAACGGAGGCAUCAUUUAUAUCAGUCCAAGCAGCACAGCGCUGGGUUCGCUGGAUCAGCUGAAGGAGUACCUGACGACAGUGGGAACCUGCAAAUGCGGUCUCGAGUGUCCGCUAAGACCCGAACAGGUCUUCAACUUCGACCCCAAGGUUGCGACACGACCUUGGAGCCCGGAUCAGGGCAAGACGCGGGAGAUGACCAAGCUUUGCAACCAUAAGAGGAAACUUUUGCUGCCGUCCACGGCGGCCAGUAGUCCUGUUGCAUCCUGUAGAUCGGUCUCCUCCUCCUCCUCCUCGUCGGCUUUCUUCGCCGUAACGGCCUCAGCGGCGAUUCACGUGAACCCCGACUCGCCCACAUCGCCGGUCAAAGCCAGGAAAAAUGGUCUGAAUAAGAAAAAGAAGCGGAAAAUAGGCGGGAUAACAGGCAUUUUUUCCGGAGUCUCGGUCUCGCAACUGAUGGCGCAAAGGGAAAGGACCAUCGUCGCGGCAUCCGGACAAGGAUCGCCAGUUUCAAAUGGAUCACAGGCGUGGCCGGUCGCAAUUCCCAAUGUGCAAGUUCAGCAGAGUAGUCAGCAGAAUUGCCAUCAGACGUUAAAUUCACCCUCACAGAGUCAAGACGUAAACGGCUGUGCAACGAGAAAUCCUUCCCAGCAAAGGUUAAAUCAGCAUAAUAUGCCGGGCAUGCUGAUGGGAAAUUCGCUGAUCACGAAUCAGCAGUGUGCGAACUUUAACAACAUGACUCAGCAGCAGCAGCAACUGUUGCAACAGCAACAUCAACAGCUGAUGUUACAGCAGCAGCAGCAGCAGCAGCAACAACAACAACAACAACAACAACAGCAGCAACAGCAGCAGCAACAGCAACAACAACAGCAGCAGCAGCUUAUGCAGCAGCAUAUGUCGCAGCAGCAGCAACAGCAGCAACAACAAGCACAGCAGCUGCUUCCUCAUCAUCAGCAGAUGCAACACAUGCAAAUCCUGCAGCAGCAAGAACAACAGCAACAACAUCAGAACGCCAUGGUGAAUCAGUUGGCUCAACAACAGGCGCCGCACUAUAUCAACCAAUUGAACCAGCAGUCAUUGCACAUGAUGCAGCAACAAGAGCAUUUGAAUCAGCAGCAACAACAGCAGAUGCACAUGCAACAGAUACAAAAGCACAAGAUGCAGCAACAGCAGCAGCAACAGCAUUUAUCUCAGGAAGUUGAUCAACAAUCGGGCAAUUAUAAUCCUCAGCAUUCGUCGGAGAACUACGUGCAUCACAUGCAACCAUCACAAAUAACGGUUCAGUCGGCACUCCAUCCGCAGUUGCAUCAAAUUCACCAGCACCAGUUGCAACAGCAGCCGCAGCAGCAUCAGCCGAAUCAACACAUGAUGCAGACGCAGCCCGCUGCCGAUCAUUUCCAAAUGCAGAUGCAGCAAUUGCAACAGCAGCAGCAGCAACAUCAACAACAACAACAACAACAGCAGCAGCAGCAGCAACAACAAGUAUCGCAGGUGUGUGUGCAACCUCAGUAUCCUAACCAGCAAAUGAAUCAUCAUUCGUUGGACGUGAUGCAGCAACAAACCUCGAUUCCCGUGAUGAACACUGCAGAGAUGCAGAACAGGCAUAAUCGCACGCUCUCCGUAACAGACGAGGAUCUAAAUGCGAAACAAAUGCAACAGCAACAGCAACAGCUCUUGUUGCAUAAUCACACGAUACAGCGGCAUCAUGUUGUACAGGGCGGAAAUUUGCAGAGCAAUCCGCACGAGAACCUGCAACGCAUGUACGCGCAGAAUCAGGCUCAGUAUCCUGCGAGGAACUUCGACUCCUCUAAAGGAACCGUUGUGGACAUCAAACAUCACCACCAGUACACUUUGUCGAUUGUCGCCGGAAGGAGCCCAAACGCGAAUCACGCUGCCGAAGCGCAGCCUGGAAUGGGACCAAACGGGCAGCCCGGUAACGUGCAUUUCAAUUCGAGGACACCGCCGUGGCAGCAGAAUCGAUCGGCCUCGGGUUCGCAUCAACCGUCCAUCGGCGCGGUUCAGAACAUCACGUGCAACUCGUUCGAUCGCGUUCCGCCUCUGCAUCACCACAUUCCACAAGCGUCUACCUGGACCGACGAAGUGGCGCGGAAGAAGGCCAAGCCGAGCAAAGUGGUGGGAAAGAAGCAACGUCAGCACAGCGUCAUGGAUGUACGAAGCAGCAGUCACGAUCAGUCCGCGCCGAGUCCGAUCGAUGAGUUCAACGAAAAAAAUCAACAGAACAAUAGUCAAAUAGGUUCGACCGUGAAUGGUAGCGGACCAUCGUUUUUGGAAGAUCCUAGCGGUUACCUCGCGCAGCAAACAGCUUUGUUGAAUAGCACGAUAUCGAGGCAAACCGAUGUCAGCAGUUCUCAAGUCGGAAUAAUGAACAAUUCAAAAACGUCGCAGACGAAUCACAAUUCAUAUUUAUCCAACAACGCUUAUCUUCCACAACCAAAACUUUCCUCUGGGGCCAGUCCCACGAGCACCUCAACGUCCAAUUCUGUGAAGAACCAUGCAACCUCGCCCGUCGUUGUGCACAGUAGCAUGACACCGACGUCGAGCAAUGGUGGAACGGAUUCAGAGAGCAGUCCUUGUCAUGGUUGCGUAACCAGCGGCGACAGUCAGUCCUACGCGCAAGAUCAAUAUAAACAACAGACGCAACGUCAGUACUUGAUGCAUUCGGAUCAACGCGAGGAUCCUGUCACAUCUUCCACGUUCGGGGAGCAAUAUCAGAACAACCAACAGCAAGCCGAUCUGCGGCCGAUCCAAGGUGGCACCGUGAGCACCAGUCACGGAUCUCCGAUAGGCACGAACAGUCCGGCGAAUUCUGACACUCCAGCUCCAUCGACGCCCGGGAUGUCGCAACCAGCGACGCCUCAAAGUCUGAUUUUAUCGCAGCCGUCGACGCCACAUAGUUAUUCACAACCGGCAACGCCUCAUUCGCAUUCUUCGUCCAGUCAGGUGCCAUCGCAACCCUUAACGCCUCAGGCCCACCAACCGUCGCAGUCUAUGAUGAACAGCGCUGUACCAGAGCAGCGCUCGGAAACACCUUGCUCCGCUACAACGAGCUCGAAUGUAGUUCCUUCUAGUACCACAUCAUCGCAAACUUCCACGAUCGUUGCGGAUAAUAUGACUCCUCAAACUACGAAAAGGCAAACGACGAGACAGACGUCCUUGGACGGUUAUCAGCCACAUCCGCACACUGUGAACGCCGUUUCGAGGGUGCCGAUGAAUCAUUUCCCUGGAGCGUCGGCGGUGAUAACUACUAUGGCGAGCGGGCAUACUGUCAGUAGUAACACCAUCACGUCUGUACUAGCUGGAAGGGCGAAUACAGCCACUGUUUCGGUGAACACACCUGCCGGAAUGCCAAAUCCCGCUAUACAGGAUAUACUCGCGAAUAAACCACAGCAUCAAACAUCUUCGGCAACAUUGUCGAACGUCUCAACCACUGCUGUCACUACGACGUCGUGUUCUUUUACGAGUAGUCAACCGUCGAUGACGAUAAGCGUCUCGAAGUCGCCAUUGGAAAUGGUUCAGAGCGUCGUCAGCAGCAUACAAGUGCCUCAGGCCAGCACCAGUUCACCGGUUCAUCCGCCGAAUCAGCACCAGCAACAGCAACAACAACAGCAGCAGCAACCGGCACAACAACAUCCUCAGUCGAAUGUUCAAGUACAUAACGUUCUCACAUCCGGUGGAAUAUUGAAACAUCCCACUGGGUCGACCCUACCCCCUGGUCAUAUCUUGGUGUCCAACGGCGGACAACUUAUAAUGGCUAGCACCGGCACGGGAAUUAAUGGCGUGAUGGCAGCACCUCCACCGAAAAUCAUUUCGAACGCCAAUUCCAUGCCACCGUUGUCAGUGUCGCCGAUGGUUACCAGCGUAACGGGAGCAGUUAGUCAAGUGAUACCUACGGUUGGUGUUGCGCAGCAAGUUAUAGGGCAACCCACGGUGCUUGUGAACACUAUACAAACCCCUGUCUUGAUACAACCAGGCGUCAUGACGAUGGACAGCAUAGGACAAAACGUACAAAUACCACAUCUGACUGUGGCUGGAAACGUGAUACAGAACGCGCAGUCGAUUUUGGACGCGAAUCAAGACGUCGCGAGGAGCGUGAGUGCGAGUCAAGGAAUGGUGAACCGGCAACCGUCGUUACUGUCACCUGAGUCGACGAUGAGCAAGAAGAAAAGUUACAAGAAACGAAAGGCGAACUCGCAGACGGUCGCCUCGAUGUUACACAUUGCUUCCUCCCAGCAGAACGCUGGUAUGCUGAUGCAGUCACAAUCGAAUUUCGCUCAGCAGAACUUCCAGGCGCAAAGUAUAGGCGGUCCGAUGCUGCAAGCGUUGACCAUCGUUCCAGGAAAAGGCGGAGCACCUGCUCAAUUAGUAAUGAACGGACAAACCGGCGCGACAUCGGCACCGUUCAACACCCAGCAGAUUAUCACGAAUCCUCAACCGGCGCAGCAAAUAAACCUCCUCCAACCCGUGAACCUAUUAAAUGGAACCACCGGAAUGGUACAAAAUUUUCCUACUAUUCAACAGUUCAUCGUUCCCGGUAUCGGGAGCAUGGUCAUGUCUGCUGACGGGACGGCUACGUUGCUUCAGGACACGGGCAACAUCGGUAUGCAACUACAGAUACAAAACGUGAACGGUCAGAAUGUGUUAACACCUGUGCAGAGUCACAGCGGGAUAUUCAACCCGAGUCAGAGCAUUUUGGCAGCUGGUCCUGCCGGAAUGGUGAUUCGGGCGCCGCAGGCGACCGGUGGGAAGAUCAUUCAGCAACACAGUCCAGGCGCACAAUUCCUCUCGCCGAACAGUGGUCAGUUUUUGGUGAACGGGACCACCUCGUUCGGGAACCAGCUGAGUCCGAUCGUAGCGAAUGUCAGUCCGAAUCAGCAAGUGACAUUUAACGCCUCGCAAGUGCGUCCGACGAAUAUGCAAAGUCAACAGGAAUUCAUACAGAUGAACGGGCAGACGUUAAUGGUACCUUGCGGCACCGCGCAAAACAUUGCCGUUUCCUCGGCGUCCAAUCAGCAAAACACAACGUUCGUCCAACAGAAUACCACGAUUGUGCAGCAACAGACGACUAUGGUGUCCAACAAUCAGAUACCAAAUUUUCAAGCCGCACCAUCCAACGGAACCACCGUCGAUCCUUCGUUAAACAUUGAUCACAAUCAAUCGUACAUCUUGAGUUCCGGUGUGAUUCAGGGGAAACCGCCCACCUCGCCGAAGAGCACUGUGAAUUCACCGCCUUCAGAACAGAACGUCGAACAACAACAAUACGUUCUGACCAGUAGCAGUACCACCGUUGUCGAAAAAGCGGCUCAGCAGAACGAUCAGCAUAGUCCGUUAAUGGCGAGACACUCGGUUUCCACGCAAACGGCCGGGAAUCAAGCAACCAUGGCUCAGUCGGCUAUGAUGCUACAGGGCUCACCUCCGGACACCACCACUCACAGUCCGGGGAAUAAUCAAAGGUCGAACAGUCCUUCCGUGGAUAAUACGACGCACGGAGCGGCUUCACCUGCGGCACCGAUUUCAGCCAGGCAUCACUCGUCUUCUACGCCGAUGGUGCAUUGCGUGUCGAGUAGCGAACCGGAUUCGGGCGAUGUGCCGGUCGCGUCUGAAGACUGGCGAAUUCAGGGUGUUACUACGAAGGAGAUCAUGCUUAGUCAGCCAGGUCUCCAUGGGAAGACUUACGUGGAGUCGACGGUGACUACUGGGAUCCAGAUCUAUACGUCAGAGACGUUGAAGCAAGCCGAAGGUGUGGUGAGCACGGUGAGGUGCGAGGGCAAGGAACAUGCCCUCGGCCGCGGAAUCAAGCGAAAGCUGGCCUCCAUCCAUUCCAUGCAUUCUACCCUGCAUGAAGACCAAGAUGUAGCCGAAACAAAGUCCGAGGAGAAGAGCCAAAGGAAACUGGAAGUGGGUGAGCUAGUGUGGGGCGCAGCAAGAGGAAGUCCGGCAUGGCCGGGGAAGGUCGAGUCUUUGGGCCCACCGGGCACCAUGACCGUCUGGGUCCGUUGGUACGGGGGCGGGGGCGGUCGGAGCCAAGUCGAUGUGAAGACUCUCAAGUCACUCUCCGAAGGCCUCGAGGCGCAUCACCGUGCCCGAAAAAAGUUUAGGAAAAGUCGUAAAUUGAACAUGCAGCUGGAGAACGCGAUACAGGAAGCGAUGGCUGAGCUGGACAAGGUCACGGAGUCGAGCAAGGACCAGAAGACCACUGGCAGGUCCUGCAAAGUGACAGGAACCAAAGGUUCCGAGAGGGGUGGUGCCUCGAAGCAGGAGGAGAAGAGGUCGAAGAAUCCUGUCGCGGCCGAGCAAAAGCAAUGUCGGUGAUCCGGUUCGGUCGAUUCUCGACUAAAUCGGCCUGCACUCGCGGUCGUGCAUGGUUCUCUCGAUAGAAACGAAAGUUGAAAGCGUUCGUGAUCGAUGAACGUUGGCGAACGUAACUUGUUCCAUGUUGUCUCUUGGAUUCCUGACUGAUUCAUUGUGUUUUCUUCGGCAACGCGCGGAAGUCCUACGAUGUAUUCGAUGAAAUUGUAAGAACGGCAUUGGUAAAAUCAACCACGGCAAUAAAUGGCGGUCCGGGUAAGAGGUUUAAAAUAUUGAAUCGAUUUAGAGAAUUUUAAUAUCGCGAUUAAUUUUUUAUUCAACUGGAACUGGUUUCAUCGAAUACGACCCUUGGAGCUUCUACUUAUUCUAAAGCUUUAUGAAGAUUAGGAUUAAAAUUUCUGGUUUAAUAUACUCAAUGUAGACUUUUGUAUUGCAAUGCGAUCGUUGGAGAAGAAAAUAUCCUAGUAAAUCUGCAUAAUUCUACAAUUAAAAAUUAAGGAGAUCAAUAUAUAAAAUUCUCAACGUGAUUUGUAUUUAGUAGAUAUCAAAAGUACAGAAGAUUGCAAUACAGAAGUGAAGAUUGUUGAACAGGAGGGACGUAUCUUAGGCAAAAUUGAUUGUUGUUAUACAUUUUCCUUCUAUUGGAGUGAAACGAAGAUUGUUCCAUUUUAAAAUUCACGAAAUGCCGAGCAAUCGCUCUGUAAAGACGAGAAGGGACAAAUUAUUGUCGUGGUCCACUUUGUUAAAAGUACUAUUAAAAAGUUCUUGCAUUUGCCUCAA